AUUCUCCGCAAACACACAAUCGAAUCAGAUCUCACCAACAACCAUUUACAAAAUCCCCUCCUUGUAUAAAUCUCACUCUCAAUCGCCGCUUAAACGCACUCACUCCAACCUAUAUACACACCGUCUUUGUAUCUAUACCUUUUCAUUUCAAUGGCGGCUUCACCUACAUCUCUCUCUCUCCGCAAGCCUUCGCCGCUCUCUCUCUCAUGGAAGAACACCACGCACUUCUCGGCGCUCUCUCGCGCCGCCGUCUCUCUCCCCCGCCGCCGUCAGAACCCGAUCUUCAUCGUUUUCGCGAUGGACGCCAAGCCGACCGUCCUCGUCGCCGAGAAACUCGGAGAGGCGGGGCUCGAUCUCCUCAAAGGCUUCGCCAACGUGGAUUGCUCGUAUAAUCUGAGUCCUGAGGAGCUGUGCACGAAGAUCUCGCUGUGUGAUGCGUUGAUUGUGAGGAGCGGGACGAAAGUGAGUAGAGAAGUGUUUGAAUCGAGUGGAGGGAGGUUGAAAGUCGUUGGACGCGCCGGCGUGGGGAUUGAUAAUGUGGAUCUGGCGGCGGCGACGGAGCACGGGUGUUUGGUGGUGAAUGCGCCGACGGCGAAUACUGUUGCGGCGGCGGAGCAUGGGAUUGCGUUGUUGACGGCCAUGGCGAGGAAUGUUGCGCAGGCUGAUGCGUCUAUUAAAGCAGGGAAGUGGCAGCGAAACAAAUAUGUUGGUGUGUCUUUAGUUGGUAAGACACUUGCAGUAAUGGGUUUCGGCAAAGUUGGUACAGAGGUUGCUAGACGUGCAAAGGGGCUUGGUAUGCAUGUGAUUGCACAUGACCCUUAUGCCCCAGCAGACCGUGCGCGUGCCAUCGGUGUGGAGCUUGUUUCAUUUGAUGAAGCUCUCGCCACUGCAGAUUUUAUCUCACUACACAUGCCACUUACUCCUACUACCUCAAAAAUUCUAAAUGAUGAGAAUUUUGCAAAGAUGAAGAAAGGAGUUCGCAUUGUUAAUGUUGCUCGUGGGGGAGUAAUUGAUGAAGAAGCAUUAGUGAAAGCAUUGGAUUCUGGCAUUGUUGCUCAGGCUGCACUUGAUGUUUUUACAGUAGAGCCACCACCAAAGGACAGCAGGCUGGUACAGCAUGAAAACGUGACUGUAACACCACAUCUUGGUGCCAGUACCAUGGAAGCCCAGGAAGGAGUGGCGAUUGAAAUAGCUGAAGCUGUUGUUGGAGCCCUAAAGGGGGAACUUGCUGCAACUGCAGUGAAUGCACCCAUGGUUCCUGCUGAGGUUCUGACAGAGUUAAAGCCAUAUGUUGUACUUGCUGAGAAACUAGGAAGACUGGCAGUCCAAUUGGUAGCAGGUGGAAGUGGUGUAAAAUCUGUUAAAGUUACAUAUGCAUCUGCUAGAGCUCCUGAUGAUCUUGACACAAGGCUGCUUCGUGCCAUGAUCACCAAGGGUCUAAUUGAGCCUAUCUCAAGUGUUUUUGUUAAUUUGGUUAAUGCUGAUUUCACUGCUAAACAGAGAGGAAUUCGAAUAAGUGAAGAACGAAUUCUUCUUGAUGGUUCCCCUGAAAGUCCGCUUGAAUUCAUCCAGGUUCAGAUAGCCAAUGUAGAAUCAAAAUUUGCUAGUGCUAUUUCUGAUUCUGGAGAGAUCAAAGUAGAGGGGCGGGUGAAAGAUGGCGUUCCUCAUCUGACAAAGGUUGGAUCGUUUGAAGUGGAUGUGAGUUUGGAAGGUAGCAUUAUACUCUGCAGGCAAGUUGAUCAGCCAGGAAUGAUUGGUACAGUGGGAAGCAUCUUGGGCGAAGAAAAUGUGAACGUGAGCUUUAUGAGUGUAGGCAGGAUAGCUCCAAGGAAGCAGGCUGUAAUGGCUAUUGGAGUGGACGAGCAACCCAGCAAAGAAUCUUUAAAAAGGAUUGGGGAAGUUCCAGCUGUGGAAGAGUUUGUUUACCUCAAAUUGUGAUGUGGUUUAAGCUGCAGUUUCAUAUGCUGUUCCAAUUCGGUGCCCAAUAUGUUGUCAAAUUAAGGCAUGAUUUUUAGUAAACUAUAUUUUUUUUGAGGUGUUAGGUUUCAAGUAUGCAAAUAACUCGGCUGUGCAAUUAUUAGCUUGUAUCUUAUAAGUUGUUUGCAGUAACAUGAAAUUUUGCUAUUGAGGGUUACUCAGUCAAUUUGAUUAUAAUGUACUUCAGUUCUGUCGUC